AUGAGCCACCAUGCGUCCUCGAGCACGGAUUACUCCAUCAAUGGAAACGAUUUCCGGGUGGGUUCUCCGGCAGUGCUCUACUCGAGCGACGUCGAUGUAGAUGCCUCGUUUUCGGAUGUGGGCAGCGGCGAAGAAAACACGGCCCUCCACAGCCUCCUUGGAAGGGCUUCUCGCAAGAAGAAGAAGGUGCCCCUCGAUCAUGGGCGAGAGCGUAGCAUGUCGUCGCUUGGUAUGCCGGAGCAGUACAAGGGCGACUGGAAGGAAAUCGAGGUGCCACCGCUCGCGCCCGAGGAACCCGAGGGUGACGAACAUGGAGGCUUCAUGUCCAAGAUCCCGUGCUGGCCCAAGAAGAAGUCCAUGACCGAAGAGGAGAAGAUUGAGGCCCACAAGCUCGGUCAGUGGCGAGCAACGUCGAUCGCCGGUAACGACAUCACGUCGUCGUGCCUCUACGUGGCCGGUAUCGCCACCAUGGCCGGCGGCAAGUUCGCCCCCAUCUCCCUCCUCAUCGUCGCCAUCGUGCUCUAUCUCUUCCGAGGCGUGUACACGGAAGUGGGAAGCGCGCUGCCGAUGAACGGUGGCUCCUACACGUGCCUGCUCAACACGACCACCAAGCUCAUCGGCUCGGUGGCCGCGUGUCUCACCAUGCUUUCCUAUACCGCCACCGCCGUCGUAUCGGCGCAGUCUGCGAUGUCCUACUUUUCCUACGGUCUCUACGACGGCUUCUCGGUGUACUGGGGCACGAUCAUCAUUUUGGGCAUCUUCGCGGCGCUCAACUUGUGCGGUCUCUCCGAGUCGGCCAACGUGGCGCUGCUCAUCUUCAUCGCCCACAUCUUCACCCUCACACUCCUCUGCGCCACCGCCUUCGCCUACAUGGCCCAGGAUUGGUCGACGCUGGUGGACAACUGGAGCACGCCGCCCAUCAACAACGUAGUGUCCGACAUCUACUUUGGCUACUGUUCCGGCCUGCUCGGUGUGACGGGCUUCGAGACCUCGGCCAACUACAUCGAGGAGCAGAAGGACGGCGUCUUCCCCAAGACUCUGCGCAACAUGUGGAUCGCCGUGGCCAUCUUCAACCCACUCCUGGGCCUCCUCUCCCUGGGCACCGUUUCCAUCCCGCAGAUCGUUGCCAACAGCAACUACGUCCUUGCCGAAGUCGGCGGCGUCACCGGAGGCCAGUGGCUGAACAUCCUCGUGUCGGCCGACGCCACGCUCGUGCUGUGCGGUUCCGUGCUGACCUCGUGCCUGCCCCAGUUCCUGCUCUACAAGAACCCGCUCACCGGCACCGAGCCCAUCAUCAUCAUCGGUUUCUUCUGCAUCACCUCCUCGCUGUUCAUCAUCGUCGACGGUGCCGUUGAGACGCUGGCCGGCGUGUAUGCCAUCAGCUUCCUGAGCGUGAUGGGUCUGUUCGCGAUCGGCAACAUUCUGCUCAAGUACAAGCGCGACCGUCUCCCGCGUGACGAGAAGGUCAGCUGGAUCUCCGUGCUCCUCGGCCUCGGCUUCAUGAUCGCCGGUUGGAUCGGUAACGUGAUCUACAACCCGGACAACAUCAAGUACUUCGCGAUCUACUUCUCGGUGACGCUCUCGAUCGUGCUGGUCAUGUUCACGCGCACGCGAAUCCUCAAGGUCGUCCUCUACUUCCUCGCCAACACCUUCCUCGACCGCUACAUCGGCAAGUGGAUCCGAUCCCAGGUGCGGAAGAUCAACAAGCAGCACGUGGUGUUCUUCGCCAAGUCGGACGAUCUGGAGAUGCUCAACAAGGCCGUGCUCUACGUUCGCGAGAACGAGCUUACGGAAAGGAUGAAGAUCUGCCACGUCUACAGGACGGAGGAGGAAAUCCCCCCCAGGCUGGUCCACCACGUCGAAAUCCUGGACGAGAUGUACCCCAAGCUCAGGAUCGAUCUCGUGACGGUGCAUGCCGAGGGCUUCACGGCGCGAGUCGUGCACACGCUGGCGGAGAAGUUGCACGUGCCCCAGAACUUCAUGUUCAUCUCGUGCCCCGGCGAGAACUUCCCCGAGAAGAUCGCCAAGUACGGCGGCAUGAGGAUCGUCACGCACUAG